AUGGAAGGCUGUCUGUGUCUUACGUGGCUCGAUGCAGAGCUGCUGCAGCUGCUGCAGCUGCUGCAGCAGCAGCAGCAGCUGCAGCAGCAGCAGCAGCUGCAGGGUUUGGAGCCAGUGGUUAGGGUGAGGGCGGUUUCUGCAGUUGAGCGCAGCAAGCAGCAGCGCGGGGGUUUUGAGUUCCUUUUGUCCUUCUGCGGGAGCGGGAGCACUCGCUGCAGCAGCAGCAGCAGGAGCAGCAGCAGCAGCAGGAGCAGCAGCAGCAGCAGCCGGGGAGAAGCGCGGGCUGCUGCUGCUGCUGCUGCUGCUGCAGCAGCAGCUGCUGCUGCUUCGGGUGCUUCUGCGAGGGUUGCUGCUGCUGCGUUUGGGUCGGCGGCUGCUGCGCAGCUGCAAAACAAAUUAAUGGGAGGAUUUAAAAAAGAGGGGCCUUUUGGGACUAAUUGGUUGGUUGCAGCAGCAGCAGGGUCUGCAGCAGCAGCAGCAGCAGCAGCAGCAGUUGGGGAGUUGCUGGGGGCGUUCGAUCGCGUGCGCAGCCGCAGCAGCUGCCGCCGCCUCCGCGGCCGCCGCCGCCGCAGCAGCAGCAGCUGGAGCCGCAGCAGCAGCAGCAGCAGCAGCCGCCGCAGCAGCCGCAGGGUCCGGCAGGUUAUUCGGCUGUCUGCUCUAGGCCGCCUUGGCAGCGGCAGCAGCAGACCAGCAGCAUCAGCAGCAGCAGCAGCAGCAGCAGCAGCACAGCAGCAGCAGCAGCAAACAGUGUGGCAUUGA